AUAAAAUGUCAUGUCUGAACUUGACAGGUGCCAUAAUAAAAACUAUCUCAUUCAAUCAAUAGUUAAAAAAUUGAAAAGAUAAUUAAUUACAUAUCAAAAGUGUACAAUAUCAGGCAACUUCCGAAUUUAAUAAUUCUAUUAAAAUAAAAAAUUAUAAUAUCGAACCACUAAAUUAUUUCCAAAGAGGAUAUAAAGCAAUAAUAGUAACAGGAAGCUUAAUUGCCUUUAUUAAUUACAUGAUACCAAAAGAAUGAAAGUGUAGUGUGCAGACAAAGCAGUAUAUGUUCUAAUAAACUAAGACAUCAAAAACAUGGAUGACUAUAAAUUUUUAUUUAAAGUUGUAUUAGUGGGCAAUGCAGGGGUUGGAAAGACGUGUUUAGUGAGACGUUUUACUCAGGGCUUAUUCCCACCAGGACAGGGUGCAACAAUAGGUGUAGAUUUUAUGAUCAAAACAGUGGAAGUUGGGAAUGAAAAAGUUAAGCUUCAAAUUUGGGACACUGCUGGCCAGGAAAGAUUUAGAUCAAUUACCCAAAGUUACUAUAGGUCAGCACAUGCUCUAAUAUUAGUAUAUGAUAUAUCAUCUCAGCCAACUUUUGAUUGUUUACCAGAUUGGUUAAGGGAAAUUGAAGAAUAUGCAAGUAGUAAAGUACUUAGAAUUCUUGUAGGUAAUAAAAUAGAUAGGGAAGAUAGAGAGAUUCCCGCCCAUGUAGGUGAAGAAUUUGCUGAAAGGCACAAUAUGUAUUACUUGGAAACAUCUGCAAAAGAGUCAGACAAUGUUGAAAAACUUUUUAUGCAAAUUGCCGAGGACCUUAUGAAGCAAGCCAGAAACCGAGAUCUUCCUAGAUACGAUGCCAAUAACCAAACUCUCGAUGGUAGGACGUCGACUAUUAACGAUUCUAGUUGUUGUAGCAGGCUGCAGUAGUCUCUAGGAGUGCGCUUUUUAGCUCGACAGUAAGAAAUGUUUUUAACUAUUUUGCAGAGAUUGUUGAUUUUUGUAAUGUUUAACGAAAUUAUUUUUCAUGGUCAGACAAAUUAUACAAAAGAAAGACUUGUGACGAGUUAAAAAUACCACUAACAAAACCAAUUAUUCCCAGUUUCCCAAGUUUUUACAAACAAUUAUUGAAUUUAUUUAUUGAAUUAUGUCCUUAUUUUGAUGUACAUUUUUCCCUAGUAAAUUAUUUCAACAAGUAGACAUAUAUUUGUAGUGCAGUCACUGAAGAAUUUUACGCCCGAUUUCGUCGAAUCUCAUCGAUUUUCAUAAAAAUUAGUGAGUAGUUAGAGAAUACCUCAAGAAACAAAAGCGACAUGGUGCCAAUUUGCACUUUUACACUGGAUGUGGAUGUCACCCCUUCUAUGAGAUGAAAAUUAUUUUUAUUAAAAAUAAACCCAUAAAUCGAUAAAGGGACAAAUUCUACUCAAAAUUUGUUAUAUGUCAAGUUAUUAAUAAAAAUCAAUAUUUUUUAGUUAUUAAAGUUUUUACAAAAAAGUAAUUAAUAUCAGAAUUGAAGCUAAUAAAAAAUCGAAUAAACUCCCUACUUGAGAAACGUUUUAAUAUCAAUCCAAAGUGAGUAAUUAAGUAAUUGAAUGUAUAUUUUUUUCGGCGAGUACUCAAAUCUAAAUAUUCAAGCUCAAAUAACGGGAAAACUAUGCAUUUUAUAAAACAUACUUAUUAAAGACUUGUAAAAUUACUCAGGAAUACCUAUCAUAUGAGCUCCAGAAGAAGUUGAUUGAUAGGAUCAAAAUUAAGCAAGUUGUGAUGAAAAUAAGAGGACCCUUUUGAUUUUUUUUAGGAAUUAGUGGUUUAAUUUAACUAGAUUAAUUAGAAGUUUAAUUUAACUUAUUGACGAUUUAUGUAAUUUUAGUAAAUUGGAUUGUUACUGUUUUGUUUUUUUUUACUAUUUAUAAGCUUUGUCGAUAAAAUUGUAAAAUUUUUCAUGGCAAUAAAGCAUAUUUCUAUUCUAUUCUAUUUUAGUGACAAACAAAACAUAUGCCAUUUCCACAAAAAUUAAAAUUUAUAGUAAUCCCUAUAAGACUUUCUUUACUUUAGCAUAAGUAAUGGCCUCAAACAUUUUGCAUUGAAAAAAAAAUUAAAGGCAUUCGUGGGAGUGCCGACAGAAGUGAAAACUUCUUAUAGUAUAUAAAUUACGAGCUCAAUGAUUUUACCCCAUCCUAAAAGAAGUGCUAUACCUACAUCAUAUACGAUAUACGCGAUGAGUAUGCCCUAUGCUAUUUAUGUAUACAAACACAUAAUUUAUAUAUGUACAAAAUUUAUUUCAGCGAAGUGAUGACGGUCGCAAAUUCAAUACUUUUUCCCCAUCCAAGAAGUGCACAACGUCCCUAAAGAAAUUUUCAAUUCAAAAAUAUAUUUCGUCGAAGCGAUAACGGUCGCUAAUUUACUACUUUUUCCCCAUCCAAAAGUGCACAACGUCCCUCAAGAAGUUUUCACUUCAAAUAUUUAUUUCGUCGAAGCGAUGAUGGUCGCUAAUUAAAUACUUUUUUACAUCGAAAAAGUGUACAAAGUCCCUAAAUAAGUUUCACUUCAAAUAUUUAUUUCGUCGAAGCGAUGACGGUCCAUAAUUCAAUACUUUUCCCCCAUCCAAAAAGUGCACAACGUCCCUCAAGAAGUUUUCACUUCACGAAUUUAUUUCAUCGAAGCGAUGACGGUCGAUAAUUUAAUACUUUUUUCCAUCCAAAAAGAGCACAACGUCCUUAAAGAAUUUUUUACUUUAAAUGUUUAUUUCGUCGAAGCCAUGACGGUUGCUUAUUUAUUACUUUCUCCCCAUCCAAAUUUAAUAAUUUUUCCCCAUCCAAAAAGUGCACAAUGUCCCUAAAGAAAUUUAUUUCGUCGAAACGAUGACGGUCGCUAAUUUAAUAAUUUUUCCCCAUCUAAAAAGUACACAACGACCCUCAAGAAGUUUCCACUUCAAAAAUGUAUUUCUUCGAAGCGAUGACGGUCGCAAUGACGGUCGCCAAUUUAAUACUUUUUCCCGUCCAAAAAGUGCACAACGUCCCUAAAGAAGUUUUCACUUCAAUACGUAUACGUACAAAAUUUAUUUCGCCGAAGAGAUGACGGUCGCGAAAUAAAUCCUUUUUCCCUAUCGAAAAAUAGGUUUUACAUUUAUUUUAAAUUUAAAUACUUCUAUACACUUUAUGUCUAGAUACACAUAAUAUAGAUAUACAAAAUUUAUUUCGUCGAAGAAAUGACGAUCGCAAUGACGGUCGCGAUGACGGUCGCGAAUUCAAUGCUUUUUCCCCUAUCCAAAAAUCGCACAACGUCCCUAAAGAAGUUUUCAGUUCAAAAAAAUAUGAUUUUCGUUAUUCGUAAAUUUCAUUUUCUUUGGAUAAUAACUCCAAAAAUUCUCGAUAUACGUAAAAAAUUAUGGACGGACGAAAUUUGAGUUUUUUUUAUGGAAAAAAUUUUACUUAUUUUUUUUAUUUUUGUAGGAUAAACAAUAACCGAGAUAGAAACGUUUAAAGCCUACAUUUUACGACGAGUACCAUGUAAACGGGGUCCUUUAACUUUUUAUCUUAAAAAAAUAACAUAUAAAAGAUUAAGUUCAAUGCGAUUUGAUAGCCCUUGAAAUUACCUUUCAAAUUGGAGAAACCUGAUAUCAUAAAAAUUAUCAGAGUUAUUCUAAAAAAAUAUCAUUUUUCUGAAAAUUUUGUAAAAGUAGAACAUAAAUUUUUGAAAAAUUUUUGGAGCAUAAAAUUUUGAAGCUAUCAGCUAGUUCUGGAGCUCAUUUGAUAGGUAUUUGUGAGGACUUUAACAAGUGUUUAGUGAGUAUAUGUUAUAAAAUGCAUCGUUUUCCCGUUAAGCUUAAAUACUUAGAUUUGAGUACUCGCCGAAAAAAUUUACAUUUUUAAUUAAUUUUGGUAAUGAUAACUUUUUUUGGUAAAAACUUAUAGUUUGUGAUCUAUUUAUGACAGCUUUAAAACGUGCUCCAUAACAGCUUUAAAACUUGCAUUUUUUCACAAAAAAUGAAAAUCUUUGAUCUUUAAUAACCCAAAAAGUAUUUAUUUAUCUUAAUAACUUGAUAUAGCAAAUUUUGCAAAUUUUAUUGGAAAUUGAUGGAGGUUCAACGAAAUCGGAGGUAAUAGCUCAUAUCCACCUUCAGUGACUGCACUAAUGUUGAAACAAUUUACUUGCGAACGAUACUUUGUAAGAGGAGCUACUGUGUUGUGUUUAUUAGCACCAUUAGUAAACUUUGUGAAAGUUGUCGCUAUGUCAAUCUCUGUAGGCCGUUUUUUGUCUGACUAUGAAAACAGCUUGUGCAGCUACUACUUAUUAUGUCUUUUAAUGACUGAUUUUUUCUUCAUUUUUAUGAUUUAUUGAUCUACUUUAUACCUGACUAGUCCUUAUUAAUUAAGUCAUAAAUAAAUAAAUAUUUGUUUUUAUUAUAAAUAAGAAUAAUUUUGAGAUACUGUAUUAAAACUUUAUUAUUAUUACGUCUAUAUUGUAUGUGAGGAUCUUUUUGAGCACAAAUUUUAAGGUUAUUAUUAUUGAGAAUAUUUUUAGAAAAAGUCAGGAAAAAAGGAUUUUUAUUCCUAAAGUUCGGUCAUAUAGUAAGAGGUCCUCGUUAUAGUCUGAUGCGUUUGAUUGGACGGGGUCGAGUUCGCUCCCAAUGGUAAGAAUUUUACCUGAACUAAAAAAGGUAGAGUCCGAAUUGGCUCCCAUAGACAAAAUUUAUUUUACCUAAACAUGUCGAAAAUAUCACCCAGCGUUGUCACUUCUUUCAAAUUUUCUCUUUUUGUUAGAAACAGGUACCUUCUUAGAAAUAUCUAUGGGAAAGGAGGAAGACCUAACCCUUCGGUCCUAACUUAACUUUCGGGUAUUAGAGUGUAGAGCGCAAACCGGCCGAUUUCAGGUAAGAGCGCAAAACGGUCGAGCGCAUACCGGCCGACACCGAUAAUUUGUGUUAAAAUUGCCACAUAUGCCAAUGUUGAACUAAAACAAACUCUAAAAGUAUUUGUCUAAAAGUAUAAUUUUCCUAUAAAAAGUCUAUAUCACUAUGUAAAUUUCCUAAGCAGUAUAAAUAUUAAACGAUUUGGCAACAAUGUCUAAUGUUUCCGCGAUUAUAUGAGAGCCUACCCGCAUUCAUGCGGGAGCCAAUUCGUACCCUUCUAAAAUAUACCUGAACGAAGCGGAGCGAACUCGACUUCACCCGUUUGAUUAUAGAGAACAAAAUAAAAGGUAAAAGAGAUGGAGGAAGAAGACGAACCUCCUGGUUAAGAAAACUAAUGGAAUGGUUUAGUCUGAGCUCUCACCAACUAUUUAGAGCUGCUGUAAGUAAAAUAAGAAUUGCCAUAUUGAUACCCAACCUUCGAUAGGAGAUGGAACCUUAAGGAGAAGAUUUUUAUGUCAUGGAGCUUUCCUGAAAAUUUUUGUUUUGUGUUCGUAAAAUUUGCCGUCUUGAACGUGGAUUUAUUUUAUUGAAGUUAUACUUCUUUAGGCGCGAUUGGGAGUGAUUGUAAAUGUGCUCGAAUUCAUCAAUAAUUGUUGGUACUAAGUGCAAAUACUUUAUACGUUUGCUCUGAUUGAGUAUUCCAAUGACAUGUCAAAAAUUAUCCAAUAUGGCGGCUGUGGUUUGUCAUUUUUAUUAUUAUGGUUAUGGUUGUUAAGUUGUGAGAACAGAGACAAAAGUAAGUUUAUAGUUGUACUGACUUUUUAAAUAGUUUUGAUAUAUAUAUUUGGACUUAUUAAUAGAGAGAAAAAUAAUGUGUGUGUACUUUGUACGCACGUUAGAAGUUAUAUAGUUCUAUUAAAAUUGUGUAGAAAACCUGACGUUUUUUAGAUUUUCUACGAUUCCUCAAGGGAAAAGAAAUUGCUGGGAUGCUCCAAUUCGUCAAAAAAUAACGUAUUAACAUUAUUUUUCGAGAAUUUACCAUUUUUAACGAUUUUAAAAUUUGAAGAAAUACAGCAGAAAAUCGAAAGGGUAGCCCAUGAAACAAUUAUAAACUUACUUGCAUAGAAAUUGGCCCAAUUAAAAAUUUUUAUUAUCCAACAUAAACGAAUGAAUCAAAAAACAGAAUGUUAAGAAAACCUGAGGCUAUAGUUGGGUUUUACUUUCAGUAUUUUAUAAAUGCUAGAAUAUUCCACAGGGUGAUGCGAACUUUGAGAAAAAAACACAGUUUGAUUGGUACACCCGGUAUACAAUGAAAAUUUACCUCUUUAGCAACAAUAUUAUUACAGUGGUAUUGUUAAAGAAUCAGGCUAUAACAUGUUCAAAAAAUCACUUAAAUCGGCCAAUAGGUUUAGGAAAUAUUAGACAUCAAAAAUGACCAAAUUUUAAAGUGGGCCGAUUUCUAUGCACGUAAGUUUAGUAUACAUUUUUUGUCGAAAAACGACUUUUUUAGAGUUUAUAUGAUUACUCACGAGAAAAGUAAUUGCGGGACGCUUCAGUUCAUAAAAAUUACGUAUUAACGUUAUUUUUAAUUAUUUUAAGUAUUAAAAUAAUUAGUUUUAAAUUUAAAUAAAAAUACAAUUAAAAUAUAUUAGUUUCGUUGAAAUCAUAAAAAUAGAAGCAUAACUUCUUACGUGCGUACAAAGUACACACUCUUUUUUUUUGUUUCAUUUCUCGAUCCUUAAAUUUUUUCGUUUCUUUUUGUUGACUGUACAACUUUCUCCUUGUGUUAUUGUUUUUACUGUAAUUUUAAAUUUCAGAUAAUUAUGAAGCAACCCUGAGCAACUUUCAUUUCGUUAUUGUUUUCAUUUGCACGUACCUGUUUUUAGGUUGUCGUUAUCUGCUUUUGUAUUAGGCUAUUAUCUGAUGGGCUUUUCCGGGAACUGAUGGAUUUAUUUUAUAUUUUUGUUUCGUUUCUCGGUCCUGGAAUUUUAUAUUUUCGCUUUGUUCAUUGUACAACUUUCUUCUUGUUAUUGUUUUUGCUUUAAUUUUUCUAUUGCGGGCAGUUUUGUUAUUGACUAGUAUUACUAAUUACUGUUUUACAUUAUGUAAUCAUCAAUGUCGUUCACCAACUUUCUUUUCGCUAUUGAUUUCAUUUGGAUUUACCUGUUUGGUUUAUUAACUAUGGACUUUCCCGAGGACAAUAAAUUACUGUUGUCCAAUGUUUACGUUGAUUACAAUAGCAACAAAAGGUAUUAUCUACUGUUAUUCAAAAACUUUACCUAAAAAAUAGUAGGUAUGUAUUACGUAUGUAUUUUUAUUAGAAAACGAGAAUUCGUGAAUCAAAAUACACUCAUGUGCAAAAAAAUCGAUCCUCUUAAAAAUUUGGUCAGUUUGACGUCUCGAAUUUCCUAAACCUGUUGUCCGAUUUUAGUGAUUUUUUUACCAUGUUAUAUAGCCCUACUCAUUACCAAUAUCGCUGUAAUAAUAUUGUUGCUAGACGGGUAAACUGUCGUUGUAUACCGCGUAUACGAAUCAAACUGUGUUUUUU